CAAUGAGGUUGUUUUGUUUGUAAACAUCGAGUAGGAGGUGUUCUUCAAUUCGUGCAAUACAUUUUCUGAAUGCUUCUUGAGCGUUCAGAAGUUGAUCAUUUUAAAUGAUAUUUUAACAACAGAGUUUGAAACAUGAACGUUUGUCGAACUUGUGUGAGCAGUACAAGCAACGAGCUGGUGCCGAUUUUCUCCAAAUUGGGCGAUCAAUUCAUUGCGAAUGUUAUCGUCGACUGUAGCUCAGUAAUGAUUAUGGAAGACGACGACUUGCCGUCGUACAUUUGCCAGCAUUGCCUCACGAGAGUACAAAUGAUAGCGGACUUUGCGGGCCAGGUCCGCGAGUCCGAUCGCAAGCUACGACAGUUGUUCAAAUCCGAAGUAUCGCUCCGGGAUAUCGAGGAGGACUGCAAUUGGGGUGAUGAAGAGCCACCGAGCGAUACCUUCAGCUUGCACCAGGUGAAGCUAGAGGUUGAGAUCGAAAAGGUGGAGCCGUUGGAAUCGGAACCGGAGUCGGUGUUGGAUUUCGAGGAUGGGAACGAUAGCGACUGGAAUGGUGGAGAGCAGAAGAUGCCGGACGAUGAGGUUGAAUUGGGUGAAGCUAAGCUGGAAGUUGAGGAACAUUGCGAUUUGAAAGAAGACGGGGUACCCACGAAACGUCCGAAGCGAACACGAGCGAAGCGAAAGCCGAAGAAAUGUGAUGACGAGAAUGACGAUGACGAUCAGGACGAUCUCGGAGAUGUAGCGCUAACUGAAAAGGAGCUGAAAUUUUACGAGACGAUUCAAAUUGGUCCUGGAAGACAUAUUUGCUGCUGGUGCUGCGUGGAUUUCGGGACAAAGGAAGAAUUGGUAACGCACGGCCAAAUCCAUUUCAAGACAAGAGCAAAACGAUCAAGAAUUAACAAGGAACACUGCUGUGAAAUCUGCUUCGUGGGCUUCAAACGGUUGAAAUCUCUUGAGGAUCACGUAAAACUGGCAGCCGCUCUGUCCAGCAAACCCAUCUACCAGUGCAAACGUUGUCAGUCUCGUUUUAUAUCACUGAGAAGAAGACGACUUCAUGUUAUUCACCACGAGCGGGACGACGAACGGAAGGGUCAAAAGGAGGUCCAGUUGAAGCAGAAAACACCGAAAUGUUGCAGUUGGGGUUGUUACAAGGAGUUUGAGACAGAGCAGCAGCUGCUGGAACAUGGUCAGAAAGAACACAUUGGUAAAAAGCGAGAAACGUUUGACCCAAAGCUGGCGCACGAGUGUCCGGUGUGCUUCAAGUGUGUGGAAAGCGCCAAGUCACUGUAUCGGCAUCGGAAUCGAAUUCAUACUUACGCUGAAACAACGUGUUCCAUCUGUGGUGCUCAGUUUCGGUGUAGAAACUCGACGAUCAAGCAUGAACGUAGACAUAACAAUGAGCGACCGUAUGGCUGCGAGAUUUGCGCAAAGCCGUUCGCUUCGGUUCCGGCACUGAAGGAGCAUAUGCUGGUGCACAACGAUGAGAAGCCGUUUGUCUGUUCCGUCUGCGGAUGGGGCUUCAAGCGGGAGUGUAAUCUGAAGAUUCACAUGCUGAUCCAUUCCGAAGCGUUGCCAUUCAAGUGCGAUGUGUGUGGGAAGUCUUUUAAGGGAAAGUACCAUCUUCAGUACCACAUGCGUACUCAUACCGGAACGAAACCGUGGAAAUGCAAGUACUGCGACAAGACGUUUGCUCAUCACGCGAAUCGAACGCGGCACGAAAUAUCUCAUACAGGAGUUAAACCACACAAAUGUUCUUUUUGUGAAAAGAGUUUCAUUCGGAAGCGCCAGUUGGUCGAGCACGAGAGUAUUCAUACGGGUAUUGAACCAUAUCGAUGUGAAAUGUGCAAUCGCACGUUUGGCAAAAUGUCCGAACUCCAAAAGCACCUCGAAGUACACCCAAGAGCUCCGGAAAAUCAUCUCUCGUUGCCCGUACCUUCCCCCAUGCCUGCGACGGAGGCCGCUUCAUCUUUCCAGCAGAGCCUUCAUCAGUAUUAAUGGCGUUGGAUUUCGGAUCAAUAAAGCUAACUUUGUAAAACUA